UGAACCAAACGGACGAUGAAGCAAGUGAUCGGUUUAGUGCUUUUGGGAUUGAUCCGCAGCAAUGUUGUGUUGGCAGGAGAUGGGACUCAAGCAAAUGGGGUAUCCCAUUCUGGACGUAUAGUUAAUGGUGUCGCAGUGAAUAUUGCCAAUUAUGUAUAUGCAGUAAACAUGUAUCAUAACAAUAUGUUCUUCUGUGGUGCAAGUAUCAUCACCUUCUCUCAUGCCUUGACUGCAGGUCAUUGUAUGAACGAUAGAAUGAACGAUAUUGCAAAGAUCAUUGUGCACGGUGGUAGCAUAUCUCCCACCACAGGAGGUUUCUUUUUCCAGGUGGUGAGAAUUGCACUUCAUGGCGGCUAUAACCCUAACACACUGGAGAACGAUGCAGCUAUCGUAACAGUGCCUACGAAUGCGUUCAGUGGAAAACCAAACAUGGGUCGGAUAGCACUCCAAUUCUCAGAAAUGUCGGUUGGAACGCCUUGCUUUGUGGUUGGAUGGGGCCGAACUAACAUCAACGUGCCAGCACCUACAAGUGAAUUGCGUUACGCGCAGAUGAAUAUUUUGUCGCAGGCCAGUUGUAACGCAGCAUGGGCUUCAUAUCAAAUUCGAUUUACGUCUAACAUGUUUUGCGCCAAGUACGGCAAUGGAGUGGAUGUUUGCAAGGGGGACAGUGGUGGUGCAUUGGUGUGUGAAGGCAGACUAACGGGAAUCGCUUCCUUCACCAAUCCCGACUGUAACAGUGCUUUGCCAGCUGGUUUCGCAAAGGUAAUUGACCCCAGCAUUCGCAACUUCAUUCGAAGCCAAGCUGGAAUAUAA